CCGAGCAACCGGACAUGGGGGGGGCACCAAUCAUCCAGGUGUGGAGGUUACCCGAGCAACUGGACAAGGGGGGGGCACCAAUCAUCCAUGUGUGGAGGUCACCCGAGCAACUGGACAAGGGGGGGGCACCAAUCAUCCAGGUGUGGAGGUCACCCGACCAACUGGACAAGGGGGGGGCACCAAUCAUCCAUGUGUGGAGGUCACCCGAGCAACUGGACAAGGGGGGGGCACCAAUCAUCCAGGUGUGGAGGUCACCUGAGCAACUGGACAAGGGGGGGGGGCACCAAUCAUCCAGGUGUGGAGGUCACCUGAGCAACUGGACAAGGGGGGGGGGGGCACCAAUCAUCCAUCCAGGUGUGGAGGUCACCCGAGCAACUGGACAGGGGGGGGCACCAAUCAUCCAGGUGUGGAGGUCACCAGAGGUUGGACCAGAACCAAUAAUUGGACCUGAACCCAAGCAACCGGACAGGUGCCCCAGCCCCCCAGGUGUAGCUUUCACCAGACCCGAGCAACCGGACAGGUGCCCCAGCCCCCCAGGCGUGGCUUUUACCAGACCCGAGCAACCGGACAGGUGCCCCAGCCCCCCAGGUGUGGCUUUUACCAGACCCGAGCAACCGGACAGGUGCCCCAGCCCCCCAGGUGUAGCUUUCACCAGACCCGAGCAACCGGACAGGUGCCCCAGCCCCCCAGGUGUAGCUUUCACCAGACCCGAGCAACCGGACAGGUGCCCCAGCCCCCCAGGUGUAGCUUUCACCAGACCCGAGCAACCGGACAGGUGCAGCUUUCACCAGACCCGAGCAACCGGACAGGUGCCCCAGCCCCCCAGGUGUGGCUUUUACCAAUGCUUGAACCAGAACCAAAAAUUGGACCACUACAAGAACCAUUGGUCGGAGCAGAGCCGAGCAACUGGGAAAGGUGCUAUCCAUCCAGGUGUGGAGGUCUCACUGGUCGGGACCAGAACUAAUAAUUGGACCUGAACCCAAGCAACCGGACAGUUGCCCCGGUCAUCCAGGUGAAGAUGCCCCCACAGGGUGCUUUUUAUUUUUGGUAUAUAUUUUUUUUAUGCUGUAAUUCUCAGCAGCCCGACAGUAUUACCCCCCCCCCCCCUGGAUGCCGGUGAUGUCCCCCUGCCAAUUAUGGGCCCCCAUGGAUGCCAAUUACGGGCCCCCUUUGAUGCCAAUUGUGGACCCCCUGGAUGUCACUCUGCCCCCCCCCCCCCCCCCCCCCCCCCCCCCCCCCAGGAAUAAGCUAGGAUGAUGUCUGUAUUUUUUUUCUAUGUGUGAAUGUUCGCGAGCAACUGUCCUCCUUAGAGGGUCCUGUGUGGUUACUGUAAGGGCGGAGCUGUUCCCCCCGGCGGCGGGGGGGGGCUUAUAGAGUGAAGACCGGUCCUUCAAUGGUCCACCGACCACAGCACCGGGUCCGAUGUCCGGUAAGCCCCCCUCCCCCGCGGAGCUCAGUGACGUCACUGCUUUAUUUAUCGGACUUUUCUAAGAUGAACUUUUAUAUCAGAGAAAAAGUUUUGUUUUUUUACGAUGAAAAAAAGAUGUUCUAAUAAUAAAAUGUGUUUAAUAGAAAAAAGCCUCGGAUUGAAGCGUGAGAACCGGCAGGGGGCGCCCGCGGGGGCGGGGCAUGGAGCCAGCUACAUGUGGGGUCUGAGAG